CAAGCGUGUGUUGUGUGCACGCGCGCCUGUGCGUCUUGUCAAUUAAAUCAUACCGUUUGAAAGAGCGGCCCCACCCACUCCUCCACACACACACACACACACACACGCACACACACACACACACACGCACACACACACACCCGGUCCGGGUGCAGUGCGAAUCUGAACCGAAAGUAAAACGUUCGUCGGACAAGAGGGAAGAAGCGGACCGGAGGAGCCACGACUCUUCACGGGCAAAAAGUUGGCGAUGACGUUGGUGGAUCUUGAUUCAACCCUCAACGUGGUUGUUUGAAGCAUCAUGGAGGCCGAACGGGGACCGAGCAGCAGAUGAGCGGCUCAGCGAUGGAGGACCCGCCAGCGAGAAGAGGAGGAAGUGGUGCGUUAAGUGGACGAGAUAAGGAGUCGUCUCCUUUCUAGGAUGGUUAGAGACAAUCUUGACGGAGCAGCCGAGACGCAGAACCAAAGUCAACCCGCCGAGGGGGAACCCGCAGAAACGGAACGAGCCCAGGGACCAGAGAGGGGUCAACCGGAGAGCCCAGAGCCCACGGAGAGUCAGCUCGAUUUACUGCUGAACUUCCAUGAAGACGCUGAAACCUGGAGCCAGCCAAUCACGGGAAAUGAAGCGGAGGGUUUUCCCACCCACCUGCGUCCAUUCAGCAGCGCGGCGGAGUACAAACUGGUGAAGAAGACCUACCAGCAGCUGCAGCACAGCGGCUACUACUGGGGCUCGAUUGCCAUGGAGGCGGCACACGACAUACUCACGCGGGCACAGCCGGGCACCUUCCUCGUCAGAGACAGCGGCCAGCCGGAUGUUUUCUUCACCCUGAGUUACCAGAGCGCCGACGGCGGCCCGACCAGCGUCCGCGUCCAGCUGAACAACCUGCUCUUCGGCCUGCACGGCAGCCACAGGACGUUCGCGUCGUUCUUCGCCCUGCUCACUCAUUACACCGGCUCGUCCUGCAAGCUGACGUCGCCGUACCGCAAGCAGCGUCCGGAGCGCCUGAAGCAGAUGUGCAGGAGGGCUCUCAUUGGCUCGCACGGAGCGGAGAAGAUAAGCGGCUUCCCGGGACUCAGCACUCAAGUCAAAGACUACAUUCAGGCGUACCCUUGUUGUAUAUAGACGCCUGCGUUUUUUUUUUUUUAAGUUAAACUUAAGUUAAAUUUGAGUAUUUCAUCUGCAAGUUGUCGAAGCCUUAUUUGCACACAUGAUCAUUAUGUUUCACAGAUUACUCACGAUACAUGUUAUCCGGUACACGUGUCCCGUGUAACCGCCGCAUCGAUGCCGUCACGUUAUACAUAUCAGUUGUAACGUCCAUAAAAAUUUCACACCUGCUGCUGUUUAACGCUGCAUUGAUUGAUGUCUGACCGAAAGAGAUAUACAAAUAACAUCAAAAGAAGCUGUAUGGUUAUUUGUUUUCUGGACACGAAGGUAUCGAGAGUCUUAAUAUUUUCUCUUCUUUUAGUCUUUGAAAAUAGAAGCCUUGAGGCCGGCCGUGAUGACAGUUUUAAUUAUCUCGUUUAUUUUUCGGACAAAGGAGUUGUUUUCUGUUCAUAACGGAUUAAUAAAUCUCAUUAUCUUGGGAAUAACACAAGGUCUGUUUCUCUGGAUAAUUGGACAAAUGCCUCAUUUGUUCAUGAGAAGGCAACAGGUUGUUUUAUUGAGAUAAAGAUAUGGAUGAAUCCCCAAAAUGAAUUAAUCCAGCUCAUCUGCACCGUCUCGUACAGUCAACAUGGAUUACUGGAAUAUGCAUUGAUCCAAUGAAGGUGCAUCGGAAAGACGUGUGUAAUUACUUUUCUUCAGUCCUGUGAUACAACAGACACAUUGUAUAGGAAUGUGAUGCUUUACAAAAGAAUGUUGUUGAUGUUAAAUAAAUAAAUAAACAAGGCUGAUAGUGACAAAGCAGGAACCUGUAAUAAAAAAUAGUCCCCUGCGGUAACACAUUUAUUGUGCUGACAUGACCACUUGGCUCAAAGCACCGCCUCAUAGAGCACGGUGUGAACUCAAAGUCUGUGUAAUAAAAUUAUCUUUACAGCC